CAGCGCUGGGUCACAUCCGGUCCUAUAUAUUGUGCCACGAGUUAGCGGCGAAUUUGGAGAGUGUCCAUUUUGAGCAGCGAAUCGGCGUCUCUGCUUUUUCCCUCUAAAAUCUCUUGUAGAACCCACCGUCAGAAUGGCAGAUGCUGAGACACUCCUCAUGGAAACAUCAGACCAGAACGGAAACGAGGGAGAGGAGGACCAGAACGGAGCCGAGCUGGAGCAGGAGCAAGAGCUGGAGCAGGAGUUGGAGCAGGAGUGUGAGCAGGAUCAGGAGCUUGAGCAGGAGCAGGACCAGGAGCAGGAACAAGAGCUGAUGGCGGGUGACGAAAGCCAGGAAGGCACAGACAAUGGCACCGAUGGCGGCAAGAUUGAUGCCAGCAAGGGCGAGGAGGAUGCAGGAAAAAUGUUUGUGGGCGGCCUCAGCUGGGACACGAGUAAAAAGGACCUGAAGGAUUACUUCAGUAAAUUCGGCGAGGUGUUGGACUGCACCAUCAAGAUAGACUCCAACACCGGCCGAUCACGAGGCUUCGGCUUCGUUCUCUUCAAGGACUCCUCCAGCGUCGACAAGGUCCUGGCACAGAAGGAACACGGUCUCGACGGACGUACGAUCGACCCCAAGAGGGCGAUGGCCAUGAAGAAGGAGCCUGUCAAGAAGAUCUUUGUCGGGGGUUUGAACCCUGAGGCGACUGAGGAAGCCAUCAGGGAAUACUUCGGGGCUUUUGGAGAGAUCGAAACCAUCGAACUCCCCAUCGACCCUAAAUCAAAGAAAAGGAGGGGUUUCAUCUUCAUCACAUACAAAGACGAAGCCAGCGUCAAGAAGUGUCUGGAGAAGAAGUUCCACAGCAUCCAGGGCGGCAGGUGUGAGCUGAAGAUCGCCCAGCCAAAGGAGGUUUACCAGCAGCAGCAGUACGGAGGGGGACGUGGUGGUGGCGGUUACGGCGGAGGAAGAGGAGGCAGAGGAGGCCGUGGAGGUCAGAGCCAGGGCUGGAACCAGGGAUACGGAAACUACUGGAACCAGGGCUAUGGUAACCAAGGCUACGGCUACGGAGGAUACAGCGGCUACGGCAACUACGACUACGCAUCUGGUUAUUACGGAUAUGGUGCCGGAUAUGAUUACACAGACCAAGGCAAUGCCAGCUACGGUAAAACCCCUCGACGGGGGCAACAUCAGAUCAACUACAAGCCAUACUGAUGAUCACGUGGUAGUUCAAGACCUCCAGUGAUCCCGUGAGACCACCAGCUGGACGGACACACUGGGCAUGACUCGACCUCUUUUAUGACAGAAGACCAUUUGUACAGAAAACAUCUGAAAUGUAACUUUUUUCCUUUUCUUUUUUUUUUAUCCUCUUCAUUUUUAGGUUUUACUUUUUCCCCUUUGGUGUUUUUUUGUUUUUGUUUUGUUGUUUUUUUUUUUCCCCCUUCCCUUCCACAUUUCCAUCGAUGGAAGUGUAAUUUUUACUGUACUUUUUGGUACCUGUUUUGAUUCUAAUGUAUUGUAAGGCUUGUAUUUUACAUGUUUGCUGGCUUUACAGCUUGAAAAUCUUGGCGCUGUAAAGGAGCUUUUUUUGACAAAUAAAAACAGUUUUCAGUAACUUUUUUUUUUCUGUUGAGUUUCCAGGUUCUGGGGUUGAAGAGUGAAACAAAUGUUGAGGAUUAAAUUUAAUUUUCAACAUUAAUUUCUUGGCUUUUUGCAGCCACACAAUCCGGUAAUGUGUAAAAUUAUGAGAAGUUGUCUCCAUCACUAAAUUGUGUUCACCAUGCCCACACAUGAAUUAAUUGGUCCCCCCCCCCCCCCGUCUUUAUGUGGAAUCAAGUGAUAAUUUUAAGUAGUUAAUGAUCCUGAAAACUGAAACGAUGGUCUGCAAGCUUCUUCCUUUCAGGGCGUUUUGCAGGGAGUGUGGGAUGUAAGAGGGAAAACAUGAUAAAGACGACGCGUAAAAUGUGGACUCCCUGUUAAAUCUCCACCUUUUUUUUAUUUUUUAAAUUUGUUAAGUUUUCAUGCUCGUUAGUUUGUGUUCUUUCGCUGGUUUUUAGAAAUAACUGCUCUGAAGUUAAGAUGUCUGCUUAGGUUGUUUGUUUUUUUGUUUUUGUUUUUUUUUUUCUCUCUGGUCUGACUUCAGGUCCCUGGAGUCUCCUCAGAUAGUGUCUCUGGCAAUUUAUUAGUAAUAAACAUUCUGGUUUGUAA